AAAUCCGUUAUAAAAGAUCCAUUAAACCGUGGUUCAUGAAUCAUAAUGAGGACCCUGUGCCUGUUUCUUGUUGGAGCCUUUCUCCUAUAUGAGGGCUCUCAAGCCUUUGUGAGAGUACCCUUGAAAAAAAUCCACAAGAACCUGAGAGAGCUUUCGGAUUUCCAGAAUGAGAUUAAAGCUUGGAGGUUGGGCCAUACGUUUCAAGCUGCGGGAAAAUACGCAGCGAAUGCUGGUGCAGUCACAUCACUCUCAAACUACAUGAAUGCCCAAUACUACGGUGAAGUAUCAUUAGGCACACCGCCACAAACUUUCAAAGUCAUUUUUGACACUGGCUCUUCUAAUUUAUGGGUCCCAUCACAUAAGUGCGGCUUCUUCAACCUUGCUUGUUGGGUUCACAACAACUACAACAGUGCAAAAUCUACAACGUAUGUCAAGAAUGACACAAAUAUUGAAUUGGCUUAUGUCUCCGGUAGUAUGAAAGGAUUUCUUUCAACAGAUGUUUUGGAAGUGGGAGGAGUGAAGGUCAUGAACCAAACUUUUGCCGAAGCAGUCUCUUUACCCGGGCUCACUUUUGUGUUUGCCCAGUUUGAUGGUAUCAUGGGUAUGGCUUUUCCAAGGCUCGCUGUCAAAAAUGUCACUCCUCCAUUUUUCAACAUGGUAGACCAACUUUCCCUCGAAGAAGGAGUUUUCUCAUUCUAUCUGAACAGAGAUCCAACUGCUGAAAAAGGUGGUGAACUUUUCCUUGGAGGUGUUAACGAAGAGCUUUUCCACACAGAAUCCCUUCAUUACUUAAAACUGUCAAAGAAGGCUUACUGGCAAUUUAAUAUGGACAAAGUUUCACUUGGUGGAAGUAACACCACUUUCUGCAAUGGAUGCCAGGCAGUAGCAGACACCGGUAUCUCGUUGCUUAUUGGCCCUACAAAAGAAGUUGAAGCUAUUAAUGCCAAAGUUGGACUACUCAGUUUUGGCAGUAUUGUUGUUGAAUGCGAAACAGUUGACAAACUCCCACCUGUAACAUUUGUUCUUGAUGGAAUGGAUUUUGUAUUAGAAGGGAAUGAUUAUGUCCUUAAGUUUUCACUUUUGGGACAGACAGUAUGCCUCUCUGGAUUUAUGGGACUAGAUCUCCCGAUGGUCGAUUGGAUCCUUGGAGAUGUUUUCUUGGGAAAAUUCUACUCGGUGUACGACGUGAAGAAUGAACAAGUUGGUUUCGCUCAACUCAAAGCCUGAAUGAUUUCCAUGUUUAUUAAUAAAGGAACAAUUUAUUUA